AUGGCAACACAUACAUACCCUCCCCCUGAACCUCAUACCAUCCCACCACCGACGAACAACACCCUGUCGUCGAAGGAGCGCUCUGCACUAGUGCGCUCGACCAAGAAGCUAGGACGUAUGCUCGGUGAUAUCCCGCGGUUUAUCGACGAUAUCGAGGAUCAAUUCGUCAUGGUCACGCCUCCGCGACCACUCACUCCAGCUGGACCCUCCAAAGAAGAAACAUGGAGGAGUCGUAAACCGACUCACCUUCCCCCACUUAUGAAGCUCUCUGGUGGCAUUGUCACGGACUCCGAAUCCUCACCUUUGCCCCUACGCACUGCACCCGCACGGCGUGCUAGCAUCGUAUCUACUUCCUCUAACAUGUCUUCUAUUCACGAUCAACUUCCCACUCCUUCCAAGGAGGCUGCGCACCGACGCAGCAAAAUGGAGCGGUUAAGAAGGAGGCUGGGCGAAGAGGUUCCAAUGGAAGCUGUAUUCCCAGCCACGCCUGGCCUGAGGACAGCCGUCCCACAAACCGCGAAGCCUGAGCGCUCGCGUCACCAUGGCCGCUCGCGGUCUGUGCACCCCUCGCACGACGAUACCAUCACAUUCUCAAUAGAUCAUCAUCACACUGUCAUCCUAAAAACGUCCACACGAGCUAAUCACCCUCACUCACCUCAUCGUCCCCACCAUUCGCAUAAAUCCGCACACCGUCCGCCACCAUUACCUAUGAACGGACUACCACCAUUGCCCAAGUCCAAGCAUUCCCGCAUCUCAGACGAAGCGGGGCUAUUGGGCGUGAGGGCAAAGGCAGCCGCAGGCUCUAAAAUCGGCGGUGCAGAUUUCAAGGCUGCAAGACGCGCCAAACGGGAGGGCUUCGGUGAAGUUGAGAUGGUCGGGUUCAUGGGUGGUUUUUAA